UAUCAUUUAUAUUAGUUUCAUUCAAGAACGAAUCAGCACAAUAACGAAACUUUUAUUUUGUAAUUUAAGUUUACUUAUUUUUUAAUAUUUUCGUGUAAUUUGUGAUUUGAUUUUGAACAAAUUGUAUUUUCAUUUAAAAGGGUUAUCCCAAAAUAUAUUGAUGUGUUUUCUACAUCAAAAAUGCUUGCUUAACAUAAAAUAAUUGGACAAAUAAUUUUCAUACUAUAUAAUUUCAUGUCAACAGUACAAAUAUUUUAAAGGCACACGCAGUGAAAUAACUAACUUGCAAUGUAUAAGUUGCUAGGAGGCCUAAAGGAAUACUUUAAAUAUCAAGAAAUACAAACGGACAAUGCAGUUUUCAGACUUCACAAUAUUUUCACCACUGUAUUGCUCCUAGCUUGUAGUUUGGUGAUUACAGCAACGCAGUUUGUAGGAUCACCGAUAUCUUGUAUAGUUUCAGGUAUUCCUAAUCAUGUUUUAAACACUUUCUGUUGGAUUUCAUCAACAUUCACAAUGCCUGAUGCAUUUCGUCGACAAAUUGGUUCUGAAGUAGCUCAUCCUGGUGUUGCGAACGACUUCAAUGAAGAAAGUGCUAAAAAAUACUACACGUAUUACCAAUGGGUGUGCUUCGUGUUGUUCUUUCAAGCAAUUGCUUGUUAUACACCAAAAUUUCUUUGGGAUGCUUUUGAAGGUGGUUUAAUGCGGACAAUCGUAAUGGGACUCAAGUUAGGUAUUUGUUCAGAAGAAGAAAAAUGUGCAAAAAAACAAGUUCUCAUAGGUUAUUUGUUGAAACAUUUAAAGCGUCACAAAUUGUAUAUGGUGCGUUAUUUUGUCUGUGAGGCACUCUGUUUAAUCAACAUAGUUGUACAAAUGUUUUUAAUGAACAAGUUCUUCGAUGGUGAAUUUUUAACCUAUGGAUGGCGCGUUAUGAGCAAUUCUGAUCUUCCACAGGAACAACGUUUGGAUCCCAUGGUAUAUGUUUUUCCCAGGGUAACAAAAUGCAUUUUUCACAAAUAUGGUGCUUCAGGCUCACUUCAGAAACAUGAUGCUUUAUGUAUUUUACCCUUAAACAUUGUGAAUGAAAAAACUUACAUUUUCAUUUGGUUCUGGUAUAUUAUUCUCUCAACGCUGUUAGUUGGAUUAGUAAUUUACAGGAUUGUAAUUAUAUGUGUGCCGUCCGUUCGACCCCAUUUACUAAAUGCUAGAAACAGAAUGGUUCCACGUGAGGUAGCAGCAGCAGUUACACGAAAAACGGACAUUGGCGAUUGGUGGAUUUUGUACAUGUUAGGAAGGAAUUUGGACCCCGUUAUUUACAGAGAUGUUUUAAUUGAACUAGCAAAAAGAAUUGAAGCUCCAUCAAAGCCUGGAAAACGCUAAUUUUAACAAGUGUUUUUUUUU